AUGCCAACAGCUAAAGAGCCCCCGGCAAUGGACACGGCCGGGCUGCAGUCUCUCUGGAACAAACAGCAAUCUCAAAGCGUUUUGCGCGCUGCAAAUCGCGCUCCUGAAAGCCCUGGGAAUCUCUUGCUUACGGGAUAUGACUCUGUCCACGUUCCGAUGCUCAAGCUGCGAGAGCCGCUUUCUAUUAAUGUCCAGCUUGCACCAAACGACAACCGCGACCCAAUGGGAUCUGCUUCACGUGAUGAAGCCCGACGCCUUGCAUUCUCCAAGAAUAGAGCGUGGACCCCCCUCGUUGAGCAGGACAAGAUGUGA